AUGAAUGUAAAAUUCCGCACUAAGGCUGAGGAAUUAUAUGAAGCGAUUCCGGCUCAUCAACGAACUCAACAUCUCUUUGAGACCAUAAUCGACGACAAUAAGGAUGAAGAGGUGCGACAAUUGGCAGCCGUCCUCUUAAGACGGCUUAUAUUCAGUGAUUUCCCGGAAAUCGUUAAAAGCAUUACUGAAGAAGACUUUGAGAAAAUUAAGUUUCAAACGCUUUUACUUCUGGAGAAGAAUAUAUCGAAAAAUAUGCGGCAAAAAGUGUGUGAUAUCGCCGCAGAAUUGGCCAAGAAUUGCAUCGAUGAUAACGGGAACAACAGUUGGCCGCAAAUAUUGAAAUUUCUUUUUGAUUCGGCAAACGCUAACAAUUUAGAGCUCAAACACUCGGCUCUUCUUAUAUUUGCUGCCGUUCCGGGAGUUUUCGGUAACCAACAAACCAAAUAUCUGGAAGUGAUUCGACAAAUGCUUAUUCAGUAUUUGUGUGAAAAUUCUAACGAAGAGGUGAAGAUAUCGGCAGUGAAGGCCACCUCUGCCUUCAUUUUAGUUCACGAAACAGAAAAAUCAGUUUUAAAACAGAUGAGUGAUUGUAUUCUUCCAAUGAUUCAC